AUGGCCACUAAAAUCUUCUCUUCUGCAUCUCCCGUCAUCUCCGCCUCAGCCACCCGAACGCCGCUCCUCCCAAAGGCUGCGUUGGCAUCGCGUCUUCUAGGCACCUCCCUCGCCGCUGCAGUUUCCGUACUGACCAUGGCUCCCGCGCUGCCGGCCGCGGGCGAGGCGUUCAAGAUAUACUACGGGACGGCGGCGAGCGCGGCGAACUACGGGGGAUACGGAGGGAACUCGGACAGGAAGGCAUCGGCGGAGUACGUGUACGACGUGCCGGAAGGGUGGAAGGAGAGGCUGGUGUCCAAGGUAGAGAAGGGCACAAACGGAACGGACAGCGAGUUCUACAACCCCAAGAAGAGGACGGAGAAGGAGUACCUCACUUUCCUCUCCGGAUUCAGACAGCUGGCGCCUAGGGACAUCAUUCUCAACAACCUCGCCCUCUCCGACGUGGACCUGCAGGAUCUCAUAGCAACCGCCGACAAGGUUGUGUCGGAGGAGAAGAAGGACGAGGCGGGGCAGGUCUACUAUCUGUACGAGAUCGAUGGGGUCGGGAUGCACAGUCUCAUCACAGUCACUUGCGCCAGGAACAAGCUCUACGCCCAUUUCGUCAACGCCCCUACGCCCGAGUGGAACCGAGACCACGAUACCUUAACACACCUUCGCGACUCCUUCAAGACCGUCUCUUCUUCUUGA